CUAUCUAUCGCUCGCCAGCCGACAUGACUCGUUGGCCCCCGCCCCUCCCUCUCCCUCGCCCUCGUCUUGGGCGGAACGCGCCGGCAGGAUCGGCCCGGCGAUCGACGCGCGUGUGGGUGGGACGCACUGCGCCAGGGCGGCCACCACGUGGGGGUCUGGCUGCCCCACGUACGCCGACGCCCUCACUGGCCUCGGACCAUCGGCCUUCUCGCGAAUGAACAGCUCGAUGGCAGCCGAGGGGUCCUGCGCGUGCCUGUCGGUCAGAGCCCCCAGGACGUUGCGCUGGCCGUUGCUGGAUCGCUGUGUGGACCAGAAGUUGCCGAGUGGCCCUGUGAAGGGGGGGCUGCAUAUGUUGUCGAUCUGCACGGGGGUGACGUCGUACGGAUGCGCCAGAGGUUCUCGAGCUUGAGCCGGCCGCGGAAGAACGCCGGGAAGAGGCUCGCCAGCGGCACCGUCAGCUUCCUCAGGGCGGCAUCCCACCUGCAGACAGACAGACAGACAGAUGAUGGAUGGAUGGAUGGAUGGUCCCCCCCUCCCCCUCUCUCUGCGCGCCCCGCUGUCUCUCUGUCUCACCAU